AUGGCGCUUUAUUGGAGAAGCUCUGACCCAGAUACUCAUUGUGUUUGUAUUCUUCUUCCUGCAGACAGUGAAAACUGCGUAAAAUGUCCUGAUGAUGAAUGGCCAAAUGAGAAGAAGGAUCGGUGUGUUCCAAAAUUUGUGGAAUUUCUCUCCUAUACGGAUGAUCCAAUUGUUGCAGCAUUUUCAACUGUCUCCAUCCUCUCUUGUCUUCUGACUGGUUUAAUAUUGGGGAUAUUUAUACAUUACCGGGACACCCCCAUUGUUAAAGCUAAUAACCGGAACCUGAGCUAUCUUCUCCUGGUCUCCAUCAUGCUGAGCUUCCUCUGUGUCUUCUUGUUCCUCGGACGUCCAGUAGAUGUGACCUGCAUGCUGCGUGUAACCUCUUUUGGACUCAUCUUCUCAGUUGCUGUCUCUUCUCUACUUGCCAAAAGUAUCAUGGUGUGUAUUGCUUUUAAAGCCACCAAACCUGGGAGUCCCUGGAGGAAAUGGAUGGGAGGCAAACUGCCCAAUUGUAUCAUUUGUGUCUUCUCACUGGUUCAAGUAAUAAUCUGUGUCUCUUGGAUGUCUAUUUCUCCCCCCUUCCAGGAUCAGGACACUCACUCUUAUCAGGGAAAGAUCAUCAUUCAGUGUAAUGAGGGUUCAGUUAUCGGCUUCUACUCUGUCCUGGGAUAUAUGGGGCUUCUGGCAGCUGUGAGCUUCAUUAUAGCUUUUUUAGCCAGGACAUUACCGGACAGUUUUAAUGAGGCCAAGUACAUCACCUUCAGCAUGCUGGUGUUCUGCAGUGUCUGGAUUGCCAUGAUCCCGGCCUAUCUGAGCACCAGAGGGAAAUACAUGGUGGCUGUGGAGGUCUUUGCUAUAAUGGCAUCAAGUACUGGACUUCUUGGCUGUAUAUUUUUCUACAAAUGUUACAUAAUUCUGUUCAGACCUGACCUGAAUACAAAAAUAGUUAUCCGCUAAUAUUUAUGGAGGAACACUGGGUUACCAGAAGUUAUAUCUUUAUCUCUAUUAUUGUUAAUUUUAGUAUUUUGUGAGCUUAUUCAGAAUGAAGAUUGUUACCACUAAACUUUUAAUAAUUACCUCUCCGGUAGAUGGUGAGUCUAAUUUUCGUUCUUUUGAAGAACUAAGGACACCGCCAGUAUCUGACACUUUGAGUUUGAUGGAAACCUCGUCCCCUGCUGGGUGUAGUGGUUCCUCCCACCGACUGUUACAUCACUACAGAACAAAGUCGUCACUUAGUAAGGAGGAACCACAGAGUCCAGAGGGGAACAAAACCAUCACAAAGUGUCAGAUACCAGCACCACCCAUCACUCUUGAAGAUGGUAAAACAACUCACUCACCUUCCAGGAAGGUAAAUACUAUUCAUGUUCUUUUAUAAGCUGCUUGUAAUUGUCAUUUUUUGUGUCAGUGUCACUU